GGUGGUCCUCCCGCCGCCAGGGUGCGUGGUCACCGUGGUCCUCCCGCCGCCAGGGGGCGGUCUCUGUGGCGGGGGUAGUCGCGGCCUCGGACCGCAGGCUGUGAGCGGUGCAGAUUCUCUGUGGGCCCUCGGCCGCAGCGAUGGAGCUGAAGCCAUUCGAGCGGCACCUGGCGUCGGUGAGCUCCGAGUUCGGUGGCAGUGAGUCGGGCGGUACAGGCCCAGGCUCCGGGGACUCUCUGCUGAGUGAGGCCGGGACCGAGGUUCACUACAUCCCGGUGAAGAUCCUGGGCAGAGGUGCCUUCGGGGAGGCCACUCUGUACCGGAGGACGGAGGACAACUCCCUGGUGGUUUGGAAAGAGAUUGACUUGGCUCGGCUUUCGGAGAAGGAGCGGCGAGACACACAGAACGAGAUCCUCAUCCUGUCAGUGUUGCAGCAUCACAAUAUCAUCGCCUAUUACAACCAUUUCUUGGAUGAAAACAAACUCCUGAUUGAGGUGGAAUACUGCAAUG